GAAUGUAAUUAGCUAAUUAUAUAGAUAUGGACGAGCACGAGGGAUCCGUUGCGAACCCUGAGCCCAAAAUAGAUUUGUCGGAACUUUUAAAGCAAAUGUUGAAUCAUGACCGAGAAAGCUGCACAUACACGUUGAUCGAGUUCCCAGGGAGAAGAUGCUUGUUCUGUGAAGUUCUGUGAAGCGAACAUGAAUUAGUCAAAUGGAAAGACCAAGAAAAGGGGAUAUUUGUCAUCAAAAUUGAGGAUAUGAGAGGUGCAAACAGAAAUCAACCGGUGGACGAAGCUCAUUUUGAACUGUACAGGAAGAAAAUCGCCAGAGAUUGUUCAGAUAUUUCAAUUGCAAAAGAUCUCAUGAAGGCCAAUCUCCGCAAAUGCUGUACCUCUGUGAAAGAUAAACGAGGAAAAGUUUCGACGCCUCGAUUGGAUUUGAUCCCGAACAACAGUCAAAUCCCGAACAAUGAGAAAACUUAUCAGUUCGUUCAGAAGAAUCCGCCGCAAAUCUAUCCGAAUAUAAGCGUGUUUCCAGAUAAUGGAAAAACUUUAUGCACUCCCAGUUUUGUGCAUGAGCAUGCUUCAAAUGAAUACGCAUCUAAUAUUGCAAUAAUUAAGACCAGAAGUCACCGAUGAAAAAUCUAAAUGGAGCUUUAAGUUCAACUCAUUCGGCGACAUGUGCCGUCGAUGAACGUCCAAAACCUGGUGUCUUUGCAAUGGUGAUUCAAAUAGUUAGGUAAAUAGCAAAUAAUGACAUCAACUGGGUUCACGCGAAGCCAACGAACUGUCGCAGGAAGCUGCGAGACAGCCGAGGUUUCGAAUAAAGCAAAUAUCAUCGAGAAAGCUUCAUCCGAGGAUAUCGAUUAUUUAGCGAAUCUUUCGAUGUCGAUGAAAAUGAUCUAUUUGGCUAUGAAGUCGUACAUCCGAAAUCAGUUGGGACUGAAAACCUUGCCGUAUCAAUAGACACUUGAUUUUGCUCCAUCGCAAUUUGAAACAGCUCAAGUUCACCGUACAAAUUCUUCCAUUUUGUCUACAAUGAGGAAGAGACUGGGCUGUUGGAUCUCAAAAUAAACUAGGCUGAAGCUAUACAAAUGUAUGGCGAUAGCUGGCGAAGAGUGAAGAAAAGAGCAGUAAGGAGAGCGAUUGAAAACAUCACCAUUCGAGUGUUUGAGGAUCUCAGAGAAGACCAAGCUAUGGGUGAAUAUGUUACGAUAAACAAGGUGUUUGAUAGAGAUCACCCUCGGGGCUUCCGAGUUCUGGCAAAAGCAGUACUCUCAGAUGAAACUAUGGACAAUGUUCAGCGCUUCAGACCGACACUAACGACUUCGCCAGUGUAUUGAAAUGGGUCUCUACAGUUCAACAAGGUGGGCGUUCCCAUCAGGAUCGAAAUAGUUGAUGACUUGAUUGAAGAAUUGUUACGUGACGAAUUUACGACUAGAUUAGGGUCGGUUUGAGUUCAACAGUCUCGAGGUCUACAGAAAGCAGCAAUAGAUAAUAAAUAGUAUCUUCAGUAAUUUUGCUGGCUCUAUUUUUUCUUCGAGAAUUAAAAUUUAAUACUUUCUUGUGUACUGAGUUGUGUGAUGAUGCGCCGAUUGGCUGCUGUGCAGUUUUGUUAAUUUUUGAAACUUUAACUUUCGUCUGAAGAAUUCUGAGUUCAUAGAAUAACUUCAAUUUCCAAUAAGGAAGUUCUGAACGAAGGAUGUAUUUUGACUUGCAUGCAUGCAUGUGAGUGUUGAUUUUCACUGGUUUGUAUAGCGAGUUCCCUGAGCACCCAGUUGGUAAGGCGAGUUGCCCAAGAUUGUACUUAAUAAAUGUUUGGAACUGCAAGGUAGCCAAGAUCAGAGGCCGAGGCGAAGAAUGUCAAAUAGGCAUUCGCCGAAGUGAAAAAAGACUCGAGAAAUUCCUCAGGUUUCUGUGGUUUUGCGAGACAUCUUUUUUUAGAUAUCUGAGAAUGAACGAUUUAGUAGUCGACAUCAUGAAUAUAUGAAGUGAAGCACAGUGACUUCAAGUCAAUUUUGAUCGAUGUGUGUCACAAAUUGAGAAUUGCGAUGGGGCCUAGGCCCCAUUUGGAUCAAAUGCUAAAUUAAUUCAGUCGUUAGACAACAACAAGCUUUUCUUGUGACUUUGAAAAAUGGACAUUGACUUUGAAAACAAUCUGAUUCAAGCCAGCGGGGAAUACAAAGAGAAAAUGAAUUUUCUCGUUUUCCUGAGAAAAAUGCUGUAUCACGACUGUAAAACCAUAGGAUGUGGAUUUAAAUUUCCACCAGUAGAGGAACCACUAUGGUGCCAUGUUUAUAGAGAGCAGCUAGUGGGAUGGGUGGACAUAAAUGAACAAAUUUUCUUCAUCAAGCUCUUCGACGAUCGAAAGACGGAAAACAAGCAUCAAUUUGAACCAGAAGCUGGAUGCAAAUCUAAGAGUCAUUUUGAGCUCUACGCAAAGUAUGUGUCUCGCAAACAUGGCAUCUCUCCUGACAAAGCUAAGAGUAACAUGAAAGCGACGCUGAACAAACAAGUGAAGGAAGGAAAAUUGAGAUCAGUCAGUGGGGAGUCAGAGACGAACCGAAAGGAGUACCAGUUCAUAACUCCACCUUCGCCCUCUUACCAAGGGGGAUCCAGCAUCGAAAACAUUACCCCUCCUCCUCCUGCGCAGCAGCACUUCUUGACUCAUUCCCAGUGGGGGGCUGCUCCUACAACUACAUCUCAAUAUUAUUCACAACCAAAUCUAGAGUCUUAUCCUAGUACAUUUUCUGGCUCCACGAAUUUUCCUUUACAUGAACAAAACUAUGGUCCGACAAUGUAUGCUGGCCAGAACCCCCAGCCGCAAUUGCAUCGUCCAGAUGAAUACAAAAUUGAGAAUUCCCCGUCUAAAUGUACUGCUCUGCACUGUGGAAUGGAGGUGCUUGCAUCAGGUACCGUAUCCUCUUCAACAUCAGCGCAGCAGCAGCAGGAACAUGUUCCAUAUCAAAACGAGACCUUUAAUCAGAAUCAGUCCAAUUUCGUUUUUCUCAGUGAAGAAAAUUGGCAUUCACAAAGUAACUAUCAAGCACAGGCUACAAUGUCUGAACUUCAGGCUAAUCAGUAUCCAGUCUACUGUCUCACAAAAAACGAGCUGCCCGACUCGGCUGGUGUACACAUGCCAAUGGAAACUAGUAGUACCACACGAUUUCAGUUCCAACAACAGCCACCAGUGACACAAAUGCAGCAGAGUGUUACCCAACCAACUAGUUUUUGUCAAAUGCCGAAUGACCCGAGCUUGCUUAAUGACCCGAGCUUGCAGUCGUCCCGGUUUCCGGAUAACCAGUAUCUCUGUUUCCAAAAUGCUCCUGGGAGCAGUGGAUCCUCCUCGGUUUCUGUUCCGCCGACAAAGAUGUCUAAAGUUGAACAGUUGGUUAGCGAAUUCAGAGACAUUGAUGCACUAGCUACUGGGGAUAUUGGAGCCUCUCCUUUUGUAAAGCAAGAUCCAAUAAGCUAUCAUGGCUCUGAGAGUUUUCCUCAGGGGGCAUAUGAGAAUCGAUAUUCUCAAGAGAAUCGUAGCCAAUUAGCUGCUCCAUGGGAUCCGGCAGAUCUUUUUGAAUCGGGUUCCGAUCGGUCGUUUCAAUUGAAGGAGGAACCCAAUAAAACACCACUACGUACGCCAAGAGCUAAUUUAGAAACGUUUGAGCGAUUUUUGCAAACAGAGGAAAAAAUAAACUUUGAUCGAUUAGCAGACGAAGAUUUUCAGCUGCUAAAACAAUACCACCAAGAAGUUAAAAACUCAUGGAAACCGUUCAUCAAGGACAUGACUGUGCACGUUUAUAUUCGUGCGAGGAAAGACGAAAAGAUGCGUAAAGUACAAACAGAAAUUGUGUAUGAAAACAAAAGUAAAGGAGGUUUCAGAUUCGUCUCAACCAAUCCUAACUCUGAAGUUGAUCUCGAGGACGUGCAUAGAUUUGGACCCUCGAGACUUGGCGAAACAAAGCUUAAGGCAGUGAAUCUUCAUAAUGGGGAACCUGUAGACAACGACAAUGUGCAAAAGUGCUUAGAGACGUUCGGGCAAUCGGGAAUUGUUUUCAUUUGGAAAUGCUACGAUCCCCCUGAUAAUCUUGAGCGAGCAGUUGGCAAUAGAGACAUUGCAGCUAUGCUGUGUUGGAGGCUCUACUGUUACCGAAUAUGCAAGGGCUACCACUCUAGAGAUGCAGCAGAAAAAAAACGCAUGGACGCGAGUAAGAAAGUGAAGAUGCUGGACAUGUGCAUGGCUGGCUCAGGAGAAGAAACAGGUCGGGAACUGAAGAUUCAUAGUGGCUUCGAGCUGGUGUUCGACUUGCUGACACAAAUGCUGAGUGCACUGAAUAUCAGAAAAAAAUGUCAACAAAAUGAGUCAGAGGAUAUAGCCGAAACGAAAGAGAUGAAAGAAACGAAGAAAUGCCUGAGCAUCCGUUUGGGCAUGUACAGUACAUCGAAGUGUGACUCAUCUGGUCUGCCGAUGCGAGUUGAAAUUAAAAACAACUUCAUACAGGACCUCGUCAGUGGACAAGCUAUGACUCAUUUAGAGGACUGUUCCAGAUCGAACAAGACAAGGUCUGUGCUGGAUAGCAAUGUGUGAGAGUCGUGUGAGACAACCGACUAGAAAAUUUCAUAAUCAGUUUUUUGCCACAAAACAGUGAAUUAAAUCAUUUAUAUUUAUGCUUUCAGCUCUUCCAAAUUUUCUAUUUUACUGUUUGAUUGAUUAUAAUGUAACUUUCAGUGUCAGUUGUUUUAAAUUACUUGUUUUCCAACUUUGUAAAAAAAAUUCUUUUU